AUGUCAAAGCUUGCUUUAAACCAGAUCUACGCGAUCGAAAAUGAACCGUAUUUCCUUGUGGUAGUGUCCAUAGUUAAUAAUCAUAAUCUAUAUAUCCUAAAUACUGCGCAAGGAUUAGAGGUGCAUACCAGGCAGAGAAGAUACUUGAUUUUCACACCAUCUACGCAGUGGGGGGUAUUUGCGACAGUAGCAGUACCACUGGAUACUGAAGCGACUGUAAGUGUUGCUUGGUUCUUUGAAGCCAAUUACUAUACUGUGGACAACGCGACCUAUUAUGAACCUCUGCUUGGGGACAUUGAGGUAGCUCGCAACGGAAAGCAGCGUAGGGCUAUAGAUACCAGAAAUAUUGUGACGAGGAAAUAUUUCUACACGUUCAUCGAAAAUAUGCUGGAAAAGCACGGUCACCCGGGACGCUCCUGCUUACUCAGAGCCAUUUGCGAGAACGCUACCUCGCAUUUCUUGCAUAACGGCAUCCUCGGUGACGUACUUCACCUCGUCCUCACACCGUCCACAUCGAUUUCCGAGGAACUCAUCGAAGACUCGUACUACGAAGCCGAGUUCUGGGGAUUAGAGGACAAAUGUCAUUUCUAUGCGGAGGCGUGCCCCAUUAGUCCCUUAGAUUAUAUUUCUAUUAUAAUCAUACUACUAUCGGUCGCUGCGAACAGCCACGAUGUAGAAAAACGAGCACUUAUUUUUCCUCCAACCACGUUAUAUGGGAUAUUUGUGGCCAUCGCUGUACCUCUGGACAUUCCUGAUAAGAACGUUUUCGUGUCUUACAACUUCGAGGCAAACUACGGCGUUGUAACAAACAUUACGGAAAUUGAUGAAGUUCUAUUCCCGAACUUGCCAAUAGUUUCAAGGCACAGUAGAAGUAUAACGAGGGAACUUGCGUACUUAGUACUGGAAACUAAGUUUCAAGAGAACGGCAUGAACGGAAGAGACUGCUUGCUGCGUAACAUCUGCGAAGCGGCAGAAACCCCGUUACAUCACAACGGGCUUCUGGGGCACCUCAUGCAUAUUAUAUUCACGCCCUCCGCGUCAAAAGAAGAAAGAAUAGACGAUGUAUACUACGAAGCCGAAGCAGAUGGGCAAAAUGGAGACUGCGAUAAAUAUUACGAUUUGUGUCCGUACAGCUUAUUUGACAUUAUAACUAGACUCGCAGUGAUAAAGCAUUAA